AUGCCGCGUCAUUUGGUAAGGAGCAAUGCCGCAAUGCUGUAUGCCAUGGCACUGUCAUCCGACCAGAUGCUGUUUUUUCUGUACCACAAGGGGAGCUACGCUGAUAAUCCAGUCAUGCUGCGCAGUCCCAAACCGAUGGUGAUGCGAGACGUGUUUCUGACGAAGUGCUCAAGUUUCCUACCCAAUCCACUCUCGUGCGUGUACGUGCAUACAGUUUUUGAUGCUGUGUUGAAUUGUUUGGCUUCAUGGUUUCUGGUAAGACCCAUCGUAGAUGUUAUUGGGUGGAGAUCGGGUCUUGUACUCUACGCUGGUUCAGGACUAUUUAGCAGCUUUGCCUAUCUGUUUGGAUGCCAGCUGAGUAGUACCAAGGCAAAUACAUCUUUUGAUUGCGCCGCGACAUCAAAUGGAGCAUUUGCCGGGUUUGCGGCUCUUAGUCUGAUAUUGCCCAAGUGUUACCUACCUGCGAGCAAGCGAGUCCCUGUGUACUACUUUGGUAUUCCAUACCUUGCAAAGUGUACGUAUGAUGAGUAUGUUGGACCGAAAUUAGUGGAGAAAAGGAAGGCAGAAGCUAUAGAACUGCGUAACUGGGGAUUUAUUGGUGGCGUGUUCUUUGCAUUUAUGUUUUCCUCGUUGGUAUUGAGGACGCGCAGUGAUUUUGGUAGGAUGAAUUUGUUUUGGGCAAACUUGAGAAAAACUCCCUUGUAG